AUGUCAGGUUUGUCACCAGGUACAAUGCAGAAUAAAGCUCAGGUGAAUGGAGCCUCCAGGCAGAGUCUUGCCUUGAAAAGGAGCCGUGCAGUGGGAGCUGAAGCAUGUUUUCCUUCAGUUUUGAUAGCUGUCUUUGGUUUCAUUUGUGGCAUGAUCAUUGUUAACUGGUGUAAGGCCAACAUUAUGUCUCCCUGCAAUGUUCACGGCUUGUGUUGCAAAGAGGAGCGUCUUCGUCAGGUUACACAAGCUGCAAAUGUCAUUGAUGACAAUGAAUACGGAAACACAGAUGGAAGAGAUAAUUUCAUAUUUGUAGGUAUUAUGACGGCCAAAAAGUUUAUCGAUAACCGUGGUUUGGCAUCACAUAGGACUUGGGCGAGUACUAUCAAUGGGAAAGUGGUGUUUUUCUCUAGCGAAGGUUCUACGUCAGGUUAUGGGGUGCCAGUAGUUGCUCUUCCAGGUGUAGAUGAUCACUAUCCUCCACAGAAGAAGUCCUUCAUGAUGCUCAAAUACAUGCACGACCAUUUCUUGGAUAAAUACGAGUGGUUCCUCAGGGCAGACGAUGAUGUCUUCAUCAAGGGAGACAAGUUGGAUCAGUUUCUUCGUGGUAUCAACAGCUCACAGCCAUUGUUCAUUGGCCAGGCAGGUACUGGCAAAGCAGACGAGCUGGGCAAGCUGGCUCUUUCUGCAGAAGAAAACUUUUGUAUGGGUGGUCCUGGCAUGAUAUUCAGCCGCGAGACCCUGCGCCGAAUGGCGCCUCACAUCAGUUACUGCCUUCGUAAUCUGUACACCUCACACGAAGAUGUUGAAAUUGGACGAUGUGUUCGAAAGUUUGCAGGAAUCCAGUGUACAUGGUCUUAUGAG